AUUGUUACAAAUGUUGGCAAUAUGCUAAACUGCUGAAUGUGAAAUGCAACCGCUACAUGAUGCCUAUUUACACGUAUAGGAAUACAUAUUCCGCUUCGACUUGUGGUGUGCGAAGCCUUUUCUAGCAUAUAUACUAUGUUCAUGCUGGAUGUAAUAUAGAUUGAAAAACCAUGCGCAAGGAUAAUAUGCAUUGAAACUGACUAAAAUCUUGUGUGGGUCGGUGGAUAUUCAAAAAGUGGGAGACGACGAUAACACACGUGUUUGUGACAUUUCGGAAUUCACGUUAGUGGAAGCGAGAUAGCCAGUCCAGAAGAAAAGUAGAAACUGUCAAAACAGGCGGUAUUUGCGACAAUCGUGGAAAUUUCUUUGCACGACUUUAGACGAAUCAUUCGAAAAGUGAUUAUUUUAUAGGAACGUUCGCUGAAACCAUUACGUUCGGUGAUGUUUCAUUUGUAUUUAAAUUAAAUAUUCACUUUAGUUAUAAACAUUGUGACGAAACAGCUGUUUAUACUUAAAAAACUAUAUGAUCUACGUGAAGCGCUUUUGCCCACAUAUAUGUAUAAAUCAUUUAGGCGUUUUUGCGAUCUAAUAAUUGUGCCCUCGUGACAUUCGGGCUGUGCUUAACCAUCACCAAAAUUGUCUUUACUUGUUACCACUUUUCAAAUCAUCAACGUCGCUAUCAACCGUGUUUACUUAUCAAGCGUUCGCUUUGAACAUUUGUUUCAAUUUGGUUGAUCUCUUAAAAAAUUAAAAGCCUCAAACUGGCGGAAAAGAAGCCCACGUUGACUCUAUGUCAGACAUCUGUGCUGAAAGUAUAUUACGCUGUCAUUGAAGAUGUGAUUUCAAACGUGCGCGACGCCUUCCUCGAUGAGGGUGUCGAUGAACAGGUUCUACAAGAGAUGAAACAAAAUUGGCGUGCAAAACUAAUGGCAAGCAAAGCGGUGGAAAUUAAUCCAGAACCAGCAGAGCCACAACCGCCACCGAUUGUGGCCAAUAAUCCAAAGCCAUCAAAGGCCGCUGCUGCCAAAGCUAAAAAGGCAGCUGCUGCGGCUGCUGCUGCGGCUGCAGCUCAACAAAACAGUAAUAAUGCAUCAAGCAGUGGCAACAAUGCUUCUAGCUCAAAUGCGUCCAAUUCUCAACUACAAUCGAAUUUAGCGAAUGGUUCGGGUGUCUCUACUUCCGGAGGCCCAACAACAUCGACGGCAGCCAAUAGUUCAGCCGGAGUGAAUGGCGGUAUCAAGCAAGAGCUAGGAAAGUCAAUAACAGCGACAAACUUACAAAAAUCCAAUAUAAUUGGCAAUGCGACAUCAAACACUGCACCAAUGGCAACAACCUCUGGGAUCGGAGGAGGUGUUGGUGGACCACAGCAACAGACAACAAAUUCAGCCAUACCGAUUGUUGCUACACUUGAUCCAAAUCGUAUUAUGCCUGUAAAUAUUACAUUACCUGCUCAAACUGGGUCCAUGAGUACGGAAUCUCGUGUAUUAACUAUACAUGUUCCAGCAUCGGCACUUCAGGAUAACCAAUUGACACAAAUAUUGACAGCGCACUUAAUUUCGUCCAUCAUGUCACUGCCAACAACGCUGGCGUCUUCGGUGCUGCAGCAACACGUGAAUGCAGCUCUCAUCAAUAGUAACAUGCAAAAAAAUUUCAAUUCUUCGAAGCAGUUAGACGGCGCAUUAGAUACUUCGGAUGAAGAUGAAAGCGAGGAAAGUGAUGAUAAUAUGGAUAACGAUGAUGAUGAUGAUCUUGAUAAAGACGAUGAUGAAGACGCAGAAAAUGAAGGUGGUGCUGAAGAGGAACCACUCAAUAGUGACGACGAUGUGACAGACGAAGAUGCCAGCGAUGUAUUUGAAACAGAUAACGUUAUCGUUUGUCAAUAUGAUAAGAUAACUCGAUCGCGCAAUAAAUGGAAGUUUUAUCUUAAGGAUGGUAUCAUGAAUAUUGGUGGCAAAGAUUACGUUUUUCAAAAGUCAAAUGGUGAUGCUGAGUGGUAAAGGAGAUUCAUCUUAAAUUUAUUCGCGAACACGAAACUCAUUUUUACCAUGAGAAAUUUGUUCAUUUCAAAAAGACAAACAUUUUCUGUUAUUCUAAUAACUGUGACUCUAGGCUAUUUCAUAUAAAAUUUGCUUUGCCUCACUUGACAGUUUGAAUUUUUAGAUUAAAGUGAAUUAAAAUGAGCGUAUGAUGUCGCAAUGAAAUCUUCUAUUCGCGAGCUAUCAAAUAUUGUUAUCUAUUUUCAUAUUUUUAUAGCUCAAAAUAAAUUUCAUAGAUAGAGAUGAUAUACGUUAAAACAAAGCUCUCAAGCAAAGCGAUGCGAAUAUUUUAUGUGUAUUGGUCUUAACAAGUAUCAACUUUACAACAAACAUAUGUUUUAGCUUAGUUUAUUUGACUUACGAUAUUUUCUUUGUUAAUCAUAUGUCAUGUAUACACUUACAUACAUAUAUGUACAAGGAAAUUGUAAUAAUGCUACAAAAAAAAAACUAAGAAAAACUAUCAAAGGUAUAAAAAGCUACAUAACGAAAAUGUUUUUUGCCAAAUAUACACAUACAUGCAAACUUGGUAUUUAUAUUUAUGGAAAAAAUUCAAAACAAAAUAAACACAUUUACGUAUGAAACUGUGUACAUACAUGUAUAAAUAUAUUAGAUAUAUUGGUCGAUUACCUGAUAGUGAACUGAUGAAAGUGUAGUGAUAAGAACUGCAAAAGAAAAUGAAAACAACUAGGGAUAUUUCCACAAAAUUCGCUAUAACACGAGUGGUAUAGCAAACAUAGCAAAUAAUAUGAUAUGUGUUUGUACCAAAAUAAAAAAUUAAAUUGAAAAAUACGCUAACAUGAUUACAAAUAUAGUUUAGAAUGGCUCUAACGAGUAGUGUACAUUAUUAUGGAAAAUAAAUAAAUAUAAUAUUGGA